UUCGUAUCCAGUGGAAAGAACACGUUCUUGUGCAAAUUCAUUCGAGGCUUCGCUAUUUGAACAAUUCCCCAUGUUCGCGACACUCGAUCUCGCUCGAUUCUAUGAUCCCGCGCAGAGGGAUGCAUUCUGUCGCGAAUUAACCUCGGCACUGAAAGACUAUGGCUUCGUUAAGCUGAUCAACCAUGGCGUUUCGUCCAGUGAAGUUGACGAGGCUUUUACACGGGUUUGAAUUCUCCGACGUAUACCUGUAGGUAUACUUACGAUUGCACCCAGCUGAUUCGAAAUCAGGCGUGCCAGUUCUUCCACCUGCCCUUGAAGGAGAAGAUGAAAUCGCCUCAUCCUCCGACGGCGCACCCGCAUCGGGGCUUUAGUCCAGUUGGGCUGGAGAACAUCUCGGCUGUGUCCAACUACGGGCGUGGGGCGGCGCACAUGCCGCUGCUGAAGGACAUGAAGGAAUCGUUCGACAUCGGCUCCGAGGCUGAUCCCCGAUACCAGAAUAUCUGGCCGCCUGCGGGGGUUGCAGAUACUUUUCAGCCGACGUUCACCUCCUUCUUUCAGUCUUGCUACCGCGCCGAACUGGCGAUCCUGGAAGCGAUCUCGAUUGGAGUGGGCCUCUCUGCGCAGACCCUCGGUCAAAUGCACGCAUUCCAGACCAACGAGCUGCGGCUGACGCAUUAUCCCGAAGUCGCCCGAGGCGAGUUUGCCCACGCCACCCGGAUCGCCGCCCAUACCGACUUUGGGACGAUCACCUUGCUUUUUCAGGACCGGGUGGGAGGCUUACAAAUGGAGGUUCCCCCAGGCAGUGGGUGCUUUGUGGACGUCCCCAGUGGAGGACGAUCGGAGUGCAUCGUCAAUGUCGGGGACUGUCUCAACAAAUGGACCGGUCUUCACAGUGCCCGCCAUCGGGUCCAUUUGUCGGAGCAAAUGACGGAAGAUAGAGUGCCUGAGCGGUUCUCCAUCGCAUACUUUGCCAAACCGGAUCGUGACGUUCUCCUUCGUCCCCUGCUCUCGGAGUGCAGCAACACGGGCGACAAGUACAUGACGGCCGACGAGUUCCAGCACAUGCGCAUUGCUGGAACCUAUUGACGAUCCUCUUUCAUUUAGCUUUGUUAGCGUACUUCAGUGCAUGUAGUAAAAGACCAGGAAGAACUUGUGGGGAUAGAUCGAUCGAUCUUCAGCCGUACGGCUGAAGAUGCAUGGUUCAGCUAUAGUCUUGACAGGUCAAUUUCCAGGUGUUCACCGCCACUUUAGCGGCAUGAGUCAAUUAACCCGCACUUGAGGUCUGAAUUGGAAUAUGC